AUGAAGAGGUCGUCUAUGACCCCUACGCCGCAGAAUGCAGAUGACAGCUGCCUCAUAAAUCAAACUGUCCCGACGGGAGCCAUGCCACUUCCGUCGGAACACCUUGACGAAAAGAAGCAACUUCCCAAUACCAAUUCCAUAUCUAAUUCGGGCGAGGACAAGGAGAGCCAGAAGGGGCGUUCCCAUUCCAUCGAGAAUGUAACUGCGGCAUCGCCAUCGUCUUUGUCGUUAGAUGGGGGCGGCAGUGAUGACGACGAUAAUUUUCCUGAAGGUGGCUUAGCUGCCUGGCUUGUCGUUGUUGGCUCCUUCUGCUCUAUGCUUUGUUUGUAUGGUCUUAUUAACUCGGUUGGCGUUUUUGAAUCGUACUUCUCAACACACCAACUCGCCGACUACAGCUCCUCGACCAUCGGCUGGGUCUUUAGCGUAUAUCUAUUCAUCGUCUUUUUCUUUGGCGUCCAGGUCGGUCCUAUUUUUGACAGGCACGGCCCCAGACUACUUAUCGCCAUUGGUAGCAUAUUAGUGAUCGCUAGUCAGCUCAUCAUAGGGUUAUGUGAAGAAUACUACCAGAUCCUCCUCACAUACGCGGUCCUUGGGGGUAUAGGGGGCGCUCUUCUCAACGUGCCUGCCUAUGGAGUGAUAGCACACUUCUUCAAGAGACGUCGUGGCUUGGCUGUUGGUGUUGCUGCGACAGCGGGAUCUGUCGGCGGAAUUGUGUUUCCCCUCUACCUCCAAGCUGUCAUUCCAAAACUUGGCUUCGCAUGGAGUACGAGGAUCAUCGGUUUCAUAAUGCUGCUCUUAUCAGUCAUAGCCAACCUCCUUGUGCGCUCCCGCCUACCCCCAAGUGCUCACCCAAUACGCAUCUUACCGGAUUGGACCCUCUUCAAGGAUGUCAAGUUCACUCUAUGCUGUAUCGGCGUCUGGUUUAUGGAGUGGGGAAUCUUUACCCCGUUAACGUACAUCGUUUCGUACGCCAUAGCUCAUGGCCAAGAUCCCAAAGAUGCAUACACCUUCCUCGCGAUUCUUAACGCUGGGUCAUUCUUCGGUCGCUUCCUCCCCGGGUUCCUAGCAGACCGCUUUGGCCGCUUUAAUGUCAUUACAAUAACGAACGCGCUGUGUGUCGUCACUAUCCUCGCUUUCUGGCUUCCCGCCGGUGAUUCGCGCGCCUUGCUCAUCGUUUUUGCCGUCAUCUUCGGGUUCUGUUCCGGAAGCAAUCUGGGUUUGUACCCCGUGUGUAUCGGUCAGCUUUGUGACGCCCGUGAUUAUGGCCGUGUUUACUCUACGGCGGUUAUGGUCGGCAGUUUCGGGACCCUAACCGCCCUCCCCAUCGCUGGUGCACUUUUGGGAAUCGGCAGCGACGAGCGUCAAGGCUGGUUGGCGCUGAUUCUCUUUGCAGCGCUGUCUUAUGCUAUCUCAACGAGCUGCUUCCUUGGAGCUCGAGUAUUGGCUGUUAGUUGGAGAGUGAAAGAAGUCUAUUAA